AUGUUUCUCGCCGCAUCACGGCGCACCGGCGCCAACGUCGCAAAACUUCUACAGUCACAACCUAAGAGCCGAACCCGCGCAAUUUACACCAACACCACCACCCGGCCAACCCUCCAAAGCCAAUUCCAAAAUGCCAGGCCUCUCGCUACUCCUUAUAUCUCCGGCACACGACACCUCACAAUCAUGCAGAAGAUCGGGCGCCGAUACCGUGAAGCAUCAAAAGGCAUUUGGCGCAAGAACCCCGUCCUCAUGCCACUAGCCAUCUUUUCCAUUGUCGGCGGUGCCUUCAUCUUCGCCUAUAUCUCCUACGUGGAAGUGACGCGUGUCAACCCGCAAUAUCACAAUUUCCCACCUCCGGUGGCCGAUGCCCUCCGCACAGCUGUCUACUACACGGAGAUCGACCUGAACCCACCCAAGGCGCUUAAGGCAUACAAGGAGGCACUGCGGAUAGCGGCUGAGCUAGAUGUCCACCCGUUUUCAGACGAGGUGCUCGGCAUCAAACUCCAGGCUGCUAUGAUGUUGGAAAAAGCCGGUUUGAUGAAGCCGGCUAUUGAUGUAUUGGAACGGGCAAAGGCCGAGACCCUUGCCUGGGUGGAUGCCGGGCGUGCAGGCGAUGCCGCAGCUGCCGCGGCAAAGGUAAAGGAGGCGCAAGGUCAAGCGCAAAAGACCAACUCCAAUGUCGAAGUUGAUACUGCAGCCAAGGAGGAGACCGUGCAGGACUUGGAAGCGCUGGCCCAGUACGAGCUCCGUCAGCGCGACAAAGCGCUCAAGAAGGUUGUUGGGAUUAUGAUGAAGCUUGGCGAGCUUUAUUCCAGCGAACACAUCCAGGAGGAUAAGAAGGCUGAGGCUGCGCAGGUCGCCGCCGUGGAGCUCUGUUUGAAGGAGAUGCACCGUCGUCAAAGACUGGGACUUCCUGUCGGCAGCUCGAACAGUGAUGAUGGAUCAGCAGGUGAUGCGUGGUUGAACCUCACAGAGAUUGCGACGGCUUUGGCUGAACUUGCCACCACGUAUACCGCCAAGGAACGAUAUGAGCUGGCUAUGCCAUUGUAUCUGCGUGCAUUGGAUUUGAUCCGCAAUGCCGAAGGUAGCGCCAUUACCUGUAAGCAGGUGGUGUUGCUCAAUGGGGUUGCAUCCGCGCUAGUUGGUCAGGUUCAGGUCCCAGUCAAGUCUCAGCCUCAAGAGCCUGUUGCCGCGGCGCAAACCGUAGAGUCGGCCCGACAGUGGGCUCAAAAGGCUCUCGACGUUGCGGCGCACAUUCAGCCCCCUGUGCGCGAUGAGGAAUGCGACCUUACUUGUGUCGUUGCCACUUACAACCUGGGUGAGUUGGCUGAACUGCAAAAGAAACCCGUUGUUGCCAAGCAGCGGUAUACUGAGGCUCGGGAAUUGGCCGACAAGAUAGGGUAUCAGGAAGGAAGUCUGAUGGCCAAAGAAGCUCUGAAGAGACUUGGAAAGAAAUGA